AAUCAAACUCUACUUUAUCGAUCUCACCGUCUUAAAUAAGUUACUCGCACGAGCUUGACUUUAUUAGUAACGUGGACUUUUCUCCAGCACGGAUUAAACCGUUAGUGAUUCAUCAACGAUUUCCCAUUCUCUUAGGAAUUCUUGAAGGGUAAAAUGUUAUCUUAAUAAAAUUGAAUAUUUCAGAUUUUUUAAAGCAAUACACUGAUUAUAUUUUAGUCAACCGCGGAUCAGCUGGAUGAUGGACAGAAGCAAAGCGAAAUAUAAACAACCAAAUAUGGAUUAAAUAAAUUACAGCUUGUGGUUGAACAAAAUUGUAACCAUUCAUAACAAUAAAAGUGUUAGCACAAUCAUGGAAAAAUCAACAUCGAAAACUUCAUUUUUCUCAUUCAAUUCACCGCUCAAAUCGAAUCUCAAAUCUUCCUCGGCAAAAGCACGUUCUCUUUGUUGGCAGAAAUCUGUCAAAGAGGACAGCGCAAACUGGACAACAGUUGACAAUCAAGAGCCGUCGGCGGAUGAAUUCCGGCGCGGACGACAAUCGAAGAGACGGUGUUCGGCACCGAGCAUGGUGCCACUUGACUUCAAGUCUAGAAAACCUACUCUUAAGUCAAUACAAAUGAUGAAACUGGGUAGUUCCGAAGUUCCUUCACCUUCAAACUCUAUAUCAGAAGAAAAUGAGCUAACAGAAGAUCAACGGCGAGAGCUCAGAAAAGCUUUUCUUAUGUUUGAAAAAGGCGGAAAGAAUAAAAUGUCAGCUCGUGAUCUUGGUGCUUUAUUACGAUGUUUGGGGUGGAAUCCAUCUGAACGAGAACUGGAGGAAGCUAAACACGAGCUUGUUGUCAGCUCGCGUGGAUCAGUCACAUUUACAGAGAUAGAAAGAUUUAUGGCUAGACGUGGUGGAAUAUUUUAUGGAUGUAAAGACAAAGAAGAUAUACAAGAAGCAUUUCAGGUCUUGGAUGGCGACGGUGAUGGAAAGAUUUCAGUCGGCGACUUCCGAUACUUUAUGACAACGCUUGGAGAGAAAAUGUCAGACGAAGAGGUGGAAGAAAUGUUAUCAUCGGUGUAUAAACGAAAACAUGAAAACUUUGACAGUAUUGAAUACAACGAUUUGAUUGAAGGACUGGCAGAAGCUAGUUUAGAUACGUGAUGAUGUCAUAAGUAAUGAUACGGUUACAUCAUCAGUUAUCAUGUGACCCAGUGAUGUAUGGUCACGUGAUGUUUUCACAAGGUGCACAAUUUGUACAAUCCACCACGAACAGCUCACACAUUUCCUCUAUGGCGCACAAAUUAGACUAGACACCUAUUUUUGUACUGACACAAAUCAUGUAAAUAAAUUCUUUUUUUGUAAGAUGUAUUUUCAUAGAAUAAUUGUAUAACAUAGUUUUAUAGAGAGGGUAAGCAAUUCCUCUUAAGUUUGCAAGGUAUUUAUAGUAUAUAUAAUGAUAAUAUAUAUCUCGCAAUAUGCAUACAUAAUAAUAUGCAUAAACAACUGAUAUCUAACCAUAUCAAACAUUUGAUCAUGAAACUGUUUAAAUGUUUCCAAUUUGUUAUAUUUGUAUCUAAGCAAAAGAAAUGUUUGCAAUAUUCAUAUUGAACUAAUGAAGGACGAAAAUUGGCUUAAAGAUGUUUUCUAUGGGUACAUAUACAUAUAUAUCAAAGUGAUAGGCAGAAUGAAACCUGCAUUAUAUACCUUUUUAACAUUGCAUUAACAUAAGCAUUUAAGCCAAAGAAAAUUUGGUGUCACCCAGAUCAAUAUUUAGCAAUUACUAUGUGUAUAUGUAACAAUAUAAUUAUUACGCCUUUUUAACAGUUGGGGAGGUUAACAAUUACAUACUAACGCGUAAAGUGCCAAACCUACUUGUUUGUUAUGGCUUCUAUGCAGAAACAAAAUUAUAGACGUCUGAAUUUAAAAUUAAAAGGGAUUGGGGUAAACAGUCCGAAAUCAUAAUUUGAGCCAUGUCCAUAUUUUUCUGUUAAUAAAAGACAAAAUGGUAAAACCUAUGUCAAAUAACUUGACGGCAUAUUAUCACUAAAAUACAAUAAAAAGAGUCAAUGUCAAAAUGAAAGGACCCUUAUUAAAGUCAACAGCAAAAAUGUAAUUAACCAUAUAAUUCAUAGGUGAAAUUUAUUUACUCAAGUUUUACAAACUUUAAAGGCAAUAAUUGUCCGUAUGUACUUACUCAUACUUUCAUUUAUAUUUUACUGUUAACAUUAUUACAGAAAAUUAUUACAUAAUGUACUUGUUGUAAUUCACAAAUGCUAUAAUUGAUAAUUUUAUACCAAAGUAAAAUAAUUGACUAUUUAUUCAUUAUGCACAUUUAUCAUUAAGCACUUGACAUGUUUCAUGCAAUAUGCAUACCUUUGCACUUACCCAGAUUUUAAACGUGUACAUCUCCCAUUUCUGGCAGCUUAUUUCAUGUUAAACGAUCAUUACCUGUAUAACAUUGAAAACUCUAGUUUGUUAUUUUAUUUGACAAUAAAAAAUGUAUUUCAAAAAGCAUGCGUCCAUAUGAGCCAAAUUAUUUCAAAGAAAUUUUAAUCUUCAGGAAAAUGUAUUUGAUUAUGAGAAAAGGAAACAGAAUAAAGAAUCAAGUCGAUAUGUAUAUUUUUAUAUGCGUUUGAUGACUGAUUUUGCAGUAUUAUUCAUUAUUUUUAUACUGCGUGACGCAGUAAGGGCUUAUUAUGCAUAUUUAACCCCUUUUUGGUUAUUAAAUUUUUUACUUGGGUUGUAUGUGCCGUUUUGCAAUGUGUUAAUUACUUUCUUUGGUCACUUCACAAUAUUCCUUAUGUAAAUAUAUUUUCAAAAUUUUCAUGAAAAUUAGCAUUAAUGUUAGAGACAUGCUGCUAAAAAUACACUGAAUUGCAUUUUUAACAGAAAUUAUUCCCGAUAAAAAAGGAUCAAGUAUCAUAUUUGAUUAAAAUUAACACAUUUUACAUAACCAACUACCGUCACUGUAGAUACUGAAAAUAUUAAUAACAACCAGAGAAUAAUGGAAAAAAAUGAAUCUGCUGAAAAGCAAUAUUUUGUUUCACUAGUUAUUUUUUAUAUGUAAGC